AUGGCAGCCAACGUCCCCCCUUCCGCUGAGACCCUCCUCAGCGGCGCCGCCGCCCACAAAACCGCUGAAGACAUCGCCAACCAGUACGACCUUCUGCCCAAGCUGAUCCCCUACCUCGACCGUCACCUCGUCUUCCCUCUGCUCGAAUUCAGCUCCGGCCAGGAUGACGACUCAGAGAUUGUCCGCGCGAAGUACGAGCUCUUGAAGCACACGAACAUGACCGACUAUGUGGCCAACCUGUGGCAGGAAAUCAACAACUCCGACACGAUCCCCGACGAGUUCGUUAAGAAGAGGGAGGAGGUCCUUGCCAAGCUGCAACACUACCAGGACGAGAGCGAGAAGAUCACCGAGCUGCUGCAGGACGAGGCUGUUGUCGGCAACCUGCGAAGCGACAAGGUUGCUAACUUGAGGUUCCUCGAGGAACAGCACGGAGUUACGAUUGAGAUGGUCAACAGCCUUUACGACUACGGUCGCUUCCAGUACAGCUGCGGCAGCUACGGUAACGCGGCUGAGCUCCUUUACCAGUUCCGUGUCCUUUCCACCGAUAACGACAAGGUUGCCUCGGCCACAUGGGGUAAGCUGGCUUCAGAGAUCCUCACCACCAACUGGGAGGCCGCCAUGGAGGAAGUCCAGAAGGCAAAGGACUCCAUCGAGACGAGACUCUUCAACAACCCCGUGGGUCAACUUCACAACCGCUCCUGGUUGAUCCACUGGUCGCUCUUCCCAUUCUUCAACCACGACCCCGCCCGCGAUGUCCUGACCGACCUCUUCUUCUCCCCCGCCUACAUCAACACCAUCCAGACCAGCUGCCCCUGGAUUCUCCGAUACCUCGCUGCCGCCGUUAUCACGAACCGGAAUCGCGCCCACAAGAACAGCAGCGCAUACCAGAAGCAAUUGAAGGACCUGGUUCGCGUCGUUCGCCAGGAGGGCUACGAAUACUCAGACCCGAUCACCGACUUUGUCAAGGCGCUGUACAUUGAAUUCGACUUUGAGGAGGCCCAGAAGAAGCUCGGCGAGGCCGAGGAGGUUCUGCGCAGCGACUUCUUCCUCGUUUCCGCUGCCGAUGCUUUCGUUGAGGCCGCCCGACACCUCAUCUCCGAGAGCUACUGCAAGAUCCACCAGCGCAUCGAUAUCAAGGAUCUCUCUACCCGUCUCGGUCUCAACCAGGAUGAGGGUGAGAAGUGGAUCGUCAACCUGAUCCGCGACACCCGGGUUGACGCCAAGAUUGACUACAAGGAGGGCACAGUGAUCAUGAACCACCCUCCUCAAUCCGUAUACCAGCAAGUCAUCGAGAGGACGAAGGGUGCUUUCUUCCGGACACAAGUUCUGAGCGCGGCCGUUGCGAAAUAG